UGGCUUUUAGGGGGGAGGCCACUCAGUUGUUAGAGCCCAGGCCCUGCACUCCUCUUCCAGCUGCUGUUUCUGCUCGUUUCCAGCACUACGGCCGCCAGGCUGGCUGCUGCCCGGCCUCCCCUCCUCCUUUUGCCGGUACCUACCUCAAAACCGCCCGAGGCUGCGAGGCUCCGCUCUUGAAGGAGGAGGAAGCUGGGUCUGCAAAGGCAGAAGGGAAUUGCAUUGUAGCUGGGUGGCGGGGGGAAAACGGGGGGCGGGGGAAGAGAGGAGAGAGAAAAAAAAAUUAAAAGGAAAAAAGGAGCGGGGCUGACUCUGGAAGCGGGUCUCGCCGCCCAGGACCCGCACGCCCCGGCCGCCACGCGUGGGUGCAGAUCGCGGCGCGGCGCGCAGGGCCGGGCUGAAGAUGCACACGACGCAGAAGGACACCACUUACACCAAGAUCUUCGUCGGGGGCUUGCCCUACCACACCACCGACUCCAGCCUGCGCAAGUACUUCGAGGUCUUCGGGGACAUCGAGGAGGCGGUGGUCAUCACCGACCGGCAGACGGGCAAGUCCCGGGGAUACGGCUUUGUCACCAUGGCUGACAGAGCUGCUGCUGAAAGGGCUUGUAAGGACCCCAACCCCAUCAUCGAUGGCAGGAAAGCCAACGUGAACCUGGCGUACCUGGGUGCCAAGCCGCGGAUAAUGCAGCCAGGUUUUGCCUUUGGUGUCCAGCAGCUUCAUCCCGCUCUCAUACAGAGGCCUUUCGGGAUACCCGCUCACUAUGUCUAUCCACAGGCUUUUGUGCAGCCCGGAGUGGUAAUUCCCCACGUGCAGCCCGCAGCGGCCGCUGCCUCCACCACGCCCUACAUCGACUACACCGGCGCGGCGUACGCGCAAUACUCGGCGGCGGCGGCCGCCUACGAGCAGUACCCGUACGCCGCCUCCCCGGCCGCUGCCGCCGGCUACGUGGCGGCCGGGGGCUACGGCUACGCCGUGCAGCAGCCCCUGACCGCAGCAGCGCCCGGCACGGCCGCGGCGGCCGCGGCGGCGUUCGGCCAGUACCAGCCCCAGCAGCUGCAGGCAGACCGCAUGCAAUAGCGGACGGAGUCCCGAAGGAAGCUCGCCAGCUCUCUCUUCCUCUUCUCGGCCUUCCAGUAGAAGUAGUUAACAGAGACAAUUCGUAGUAACUAAGGAGCUUUAAGGAAAGCGAUGCUAUUGCGAAACUAAAGAUUUUUAUUCCGCUGUCUUCAUACAGUAUGCAUCCAAAUCUUGUUGUUAGAGGGGAAGGGUAGUGCGGCAUGUCUAGUUUCAAGUAUCAAGCCAGAAGAAAAUGGGGGGAAAAAAUACUGUACUGUCAUGAAAGAGUGGCAGGAGUAGCAAUGGGACUUCAUCUUUUCAAACGAACAAAAAAGAACCAAAAAAAAGCAAAGAUGUACUUUCUACAGUAUCAGGGAAGCAAAACUGCCUUUUAUAAGUAAGAAAAUGGUAUCUGAAAAAUUUGACCCAGGGAAAAAACUUGAGUCAGCAAUAUGUAACCUUUAACCAUUUAAGAGGAAAUGAGCUUAAAGCACUGAUUGUCCUUUCUAGCUUUCAGAAGUUGUCUUUGUGAGACAGGACCUUGUCACUGUCUCACUGACGGGCACCGAACAACCCAAGGAAGAUGGCCGGCUGGUAAGAUGGCGGACAGGCACCAAAGUUAUUUUCUUCUCUGUCCUCUGGAUGAGUGGAACUAUGGAGCAAGUGAUGUGGAAGUAAGGGGUGCAACAGCUGUAGAGACAAUCAAUAACACAGACAGUUCUGGACAGAACACAUCACUCGUGCUCAUGUGAUGAGCUUGUCACAUCCUAAUCCCUCGCCCCAUCCCGUUUCACUUUUGGGAAACUUUAACUGCUGGUGUCAGCUAUUCUGAUUCUAAAAUAGGAUCAGCCCUUUACUACAACAGCCUUCUCUUUCUAUUUAUUGCAUCUAUUCGUAACUUGUGAAUAAAGGCAGGAAGAAGCCUAAUUAAUUAAAACCUUUUAAGAACUGUUUUAAGGGAAUUUUCUUUUCUGAAACCAUUUGUACGAUUUUAAUAUCUAUUUCAGGAUUAUAUUUAAAGUAUUUAUUAGCAAACAUACAGUACACAAGGCAACUUUUUGUUACCAAGACUGCAGUUCCUGAAGGGUUAAUGGUAUGUGAUUUAUACUGUGCCUUAAUUGUUAUGCUAUUUAAAAAGAAAUA